CAUCGCGUGAUGGGCAUGCCCGUGUGAGAUUAUCUCAAAAAUUCGAUGAUACAUUAUAGCGAUGAAGCCGUUUAUUCAGGUCUGCGGUGUUCACUUAACUUCCGGGGCACGUAGAUAGCUUUGAAUAUCACUUCUGCAGUGGUAGUAUUGUGUAUGUGAACGUGGAAGUGAUACUGACGGAAAGACAUCGAAGGUAUUCUUUAGCACGCAGUGCUUGUUUCAAUAUGGACGCAAUUUUGAGAGUCGUUCGAAAGAGCCCUACAGUCUCAGGCAAAUCAAGACAUAAAAAGCUUGGCGAAGGAUGGGGUGAUUCGGACAGCAAUGAGGUUGUGGAUCAGGGUGUGACGUUCUACAUGAAGUACCUGGGCUCCAUACUGGUGGAGGAACUGCCUGAUGAUGAGAGCUACGGAGAUAGCAUCAGUUCACGUGCUGUCCAGACUAUUGUUGCUAUGGCCAAGAGUGUUGGCAAGAAGCUAAAGAAAGUGUCUCUGACUGUCUCCCCUACAGGGCUCCGGAUGACCGACUUGCUGACGAAGGAAGUGUCCAUUGAUAUGUCCAUAUAUAGGAUCUCCUUUUGCACAGCUGACAAAAACCAUGAGAAGGUGUUUGCCUUCAUCGCCAGGAACUCCAUCAAUGAAACAAUGGAAUGUCAUGCAUAUUUCUGCGCCAAAAGGAAACUGGCGCAGGCAGUCACUCUGACCGUGUCUCAAGCCUUCGGUCUGGCCCAGGAGAAGUGGGACAACAAGCAGAACUUGAAGACCCAGAAGGACAUAGCCAACCACCAGAAGGUAACCAACAACGAUCAUUUUACAAGGAGUCACGAUGUCAUAAAACCACUUCCAGGUCACACGGGGUCAACAGCUGCGACCUACGACCCUUUCUUAGCAAUCCCUGCUCCACCGCAAGUUCAGGCACCAGGCAAUACAAACAAGAGAGGAUGGCAAGAAUUUGGUGACAGAGAAGAAGACCUAGAGGAUGAUUUUUCAAGGCUUGCACAGAACCGAGGUCGGCGCCUGCAUUCCUUCAGUACCGACCUCCGCAAGGAGGAUGUAGAUGAGAGUGUUCACCAGUAUAUGGAUGGACAGAGGUGCUUCGAAGAAUUCUCACGACAAAAAUCUAUUGAAGACUUGCUGAAUUUAUGACAAGGAAGGGCAUUGUAGUUAGUUUGAAUUUUGCAGUUUUAUAAAUGGUGGCAAAUUUAUACUAAAUCAAAUUUAAUUGACUUUUCCUGUUGGUCUUUCCUGUACAUAUUUUCAAUUUGGCAAGUAGCAGUCAGAAAUUUGAACUCUGUUUUCUUGCAUUGUACCAGUCAGCUGAAGAUGGCAACCGAUAUCCAGGAAGUCCCUGUCAAUAGUGUUUGUACUUACAUUGCCAUGGCAACAAUUGUCAAGAUGAAGGACUGACAUCCUGCCUCGGUAUCAUAGUAGGGCAUGUUAUAUGGCAAUAGGCAUUUUACAAUGGGGUCACUAGUGAGUGUUUAUAUACAUACUAAUAUUUAAUUUAUGAUGUUUGUUGGCUUGGCAAUUAUAUUCAUUCAAGAUGCAAAAGAUUCUCGAAGGGGUAUAUAACAACCUGGACUGCCCUUAAGUUCAGACUUUCUGAGCAUAUAUUAUAUAGGAAUGACAGUGCAGUUCCAGGCUGUGUGAUCACAAACUUUCAGGCAGAAUCUCAACACAUGGCUAUGGUUAGUCGACUGGUUUUAAAGAGAAACUGCUGAUUGACCCCAAACUCUACGUGCUGAAUGUUAUUCAAAGAUCAUUGUUGCGUCCCCGGGGCAUGCCAGAAACCUAUGAUUGUUGGUUCGAAUCCUGGUUAGCCCCGAUUAUGUUUCUAGGUUUGUCAGCACCAUACCCGUGCUCGUGGGUUUCACCGAACGUCUGAGACCUACAUCGCUUCGGGCUUUCCUCCCACAUAAAGCUGACACGCCUGACAUAACUGGAAUACUGUUAAAAGCAGUGUUAAACCCAACCCUCUCACUCACUCAAAGAUCAUUGGAUCCGAGAUCAAAUGUUGUAGGACUAUCAUUUUGUUUUCUACACAACAUAUUUUUCUAUUAAAAAAUACAUGUAACACAUUAUUCUCCUGGGGAAAAGGUUAGAGGAAAUAGAAUUUUCAUCAGGUUUUGGUGAGGUUGAUGUGCGUGUUGGAAGGUACACUUGCUUCUCUGUAUCAGCGAAUUACCUCUGAAAAUCAUGAAGAAUUUUAGAUAUUUCUCAUUGUGCUGGUUAUUUUAAACAUACCAUGUUAACAUUCCUUUUUCAUGGUGGUAAAUAUGUUUUGGAUUUAUCUGGUAAAAACUCCAGUUUCAGUAUUAGUUCUGUCAAUGUUUGAAUUGUCCGGAUUUUAAUGUAUGAGUCAUCUUUCCUUAUCUGAAACAUGUUGCAAUGGCUGCUAACUGGUUUGUUUGAACAACUGCCUUCUGAGAAGAAAAAAGCCAUGUUGAAAAUAAGCUCCUGAUGAGAAACAUAUUUUAUGCCUAAUACUAAAACACUAUGUGUAGAUGUCCCUUUGGCAAGAUAUCUUGUUGCUGUCAAGGUGACCCAUACCUUGCCACAGAUUGAUGUCCGAUCUGCAAAGAAAUCCUGCUGAAAUGGUUUCCCCCCCACAUAUAGCUGACAUGCCAUGAACUAUUGUUCAAAAUUCAAUUCGCUCACUCACUUUCAAACAAAAGGAAACUACACAUCAACUAAUGUUGGUUGGUUGGUUGGUUGGUUGGUUGGUUGGUUGUUUAACGCCGCAAUCAGCAAUAUUCCAGCUAUAUGACGGCGGUCUGGAAUUAAUUGAGUCUGGACCAGACA